GAUAGAUGUCCGCGUGUUUUGUCAGUAGUUGGUGGUAGCUGGUCCAUGAAUUGAAUGAAUUUUGUAAAGUUGGUUAUUGAGAUGGCAUGUUUUUGGUAUGUGGAUGCCAGCUUAUAAGAACAGCACAAUGUUCCUGUGUGUAUGCAUUAAAUAGAUUUAGUAAUCAUAAAUGUCAGUUUUGUUAACAAUGGUGGGAAGUCUGUUUAGUUGAGAGGUAAGGAAGGAACUGAUCAGGCAGCAGUGAUGAGCAAGGAAACUGGAGAUUCAGGAGAGACCAGUGGUGAAGUGUCGGGCCAGAACAGUGUAAAGGAUGGUGAUGCUUCAUCCCAUGUUGUGGGUUGUGUCUCCACUGACAAGGAGAAGCCACAAGUGGACCACCUCACACCCUUCUUGCAGGCACAGAAACAAGGUUUUGAAUGUGAAUAUAGUGAGAAGCUUGAAGAUGAUGUUGAAUGUUUGAAAGCAAAAAACCGAAAGAGAGUCGAAGAGAUGCUGCAGAAAGCACAGGAAGAUUUACAGAAAAGGAAGGAAAAAUGCACUGAGGAAGGCACGGACAAGAACAAGCAGGUGGAGAUGCCUGAUGACACCCAACACCAUCACGCAAAUAUACUGGAGGUAUUUCGUAAGAUGACGUGGUUACGAAACCAGAAUAUUCAGACCGAGUUGGGAAGAUCAUGGAAAACAGUAAACACAGAUAAUAUAGAAGAAGUGACAGUGCGGUCAGUGCCAUUGAAACGACAAGAGAGUGAUGAGUAUUUUAAGGGCACAAAAGAAACUAAGAACAAAGGGAGGCGCAGGAACAGGACUGAAGCUGUAAUCAGCAUGGAGGAAUUGGAGAGACCCCUUCUCGAAACAGUUGUUCAGCAGAAAUAUAUGGAGUUCCAUCAGAAACCUUCACAUGCACCCAGACAGCGAGAACACAUGUACCAAACUUCACCAGUGCCUGAGUUAACUUGCUGGCGAAAGAAAUCUGGUGCAGAUCUAUUUUCUGAUGUUCCAACACAAACGCUAACUAUCUGUGGGGCUAAAAGAACUGAGGAUGAACUGAUGAAACUGGCCAUUAAGGAGAGCCUUGAAACCUAUGAGGCUGAAAAGCAAUUCAUUGUUCUCGCCGAGGCUAAGUGCCCAGACCCCUUUUGCCCUAACACAAAAAAUUGUGCAGAAGUAGUCCAGUUCCUAUCAUCAGAACUAGUUGAAGAUGAAUCAUGGGAUUCUCCUGAGAGAAUACAGGAGGUUCAAGGUCCAUGUUUGCUGGAGGAGAUGAAGCCAGCAGCGUCUGGUCAGAUGCAGGAGACCGUAGGGAACAAAAUAGAGCAUCAAGACAGGGAGGUGGGAGCUAAGAAGCCACAGUUGAGCAGACAGUCAAGAGAUGUGAUAGUGAGCAAGCAGAAGACAGAUACUUCAAGAAAAUAUGUUAAGCUCAAAGGAAGGAACGGGAUUGUGAGUGACGGAUUUGAAUCUGGUUCAAGUAACAAAGAGAAUGACAUAACCAAUGGUGAGGUUAGACAGCCCAGAUCAGAACACAGGGUCGAUGAUGAUACUGAUAACGGUGGUGAUUUGACUCGUUUUAUUGAAGGUAAAUGUGAGGAAGGAAUAUGGGGACCAUUCAGGAAUGAAGUAUGUAAUGGGCAGCAGAAGGAUAAUCAGCAUGGGACUAAGAAACAGGGUCAGAAGUGUAAGAAUCAUGUACCUGAACCUUGUAUAAAUAAGGGAGAGAACAAGCCUGAAAAUUAUAUGCCUGAAGCUAAUGGCUGCAGGGCUCAGGUACAGGUUGAAUGGAAUCAAAAGAAAGGUCAAAUUGAGGUUCAGGAAGCCCACCGAGAUCUGAACUUAUUCCAACCUGUGCCUGACGCUCAUAGAGCCAGGAGAGAGGUAGUAUCUCAGACUUAUGUGCCUGAAGCCAGUGACGGGGGAACUGAGGGACAGGUUGACUGGAAUCAAAAGAGGGAUGAAAUUGAAAUUCAGAAGGGUCACAAGGAUCAGAAGCUGUUGGGGUUUCUGCCUGGCCCUAGUAGAAACAGAAGAGAGAGCAUGUUUCAUGGUUGUAUGCCUGAAGCCGAUGGCAGCAGAGCUCACGAGAAAAGUGUCGCCGAGAGCUGGAAGGUUCACGGUGACCAUGUUCCUGUAUCUCUAGCUGUGGGGAGAGGGAGACCACAGGAAGUGAAUCGAGAGCAAGAAAAUUGUAAUAGCAAUAAUCAGAACUAUGUAAGCAGAAACCGGGUGUACUGCAGUGAUGAGAAAUUGAUGACAGACAAGUAUAAUGAAUGGAAUGGAAAGAAGAGACAAGGAGACAUCUGGAUUGACUUUGUGUCUCAGGAUGCUGACAUUUGUAGGAAAGAAGAGACAAGUAGUUUUGGUAGAAAGGAGAAACUGAGUAAGUCAGAAAAGGGAAUGAUUGAGCAUUUUCCUGGUAAGAAGUCUGAAGAUUCUGGCAUGUGUGUAUGCACUAGUUAUGACAAUAAAGUCCAAAGUGAUUUAGGUAAGUGCAUUAAUAAAAUAGAAUCAUCUGCUGAUGUAAAUGACAACAGUUAUCUUCAAGUGCAUGCUGAGCAGUCCUUCAACACUAAUCCCGUAUCCCUACAGAACAGCCCACAAAAUGUGCGGAUGUUGCCCACAUCUUGUAUUCGUGACAUACAUCUGAAUCAAACCUGCAGUCCAUGUGUGGAUUCUCCUGGUAAUGCUUCUCAGGUCCGCCAUGCAACCAAUGCUUUCUGGCCUUCCAUGGCUUCUACAGCUGGAUUAUUCCAUGGUAGUGACAGUUUGACCACAAUGGCAGGUAUCGGCAGCGAACCUCAUGCUCAGCAUAUUCCAAAUCAGGCAUGUGAGUCAUCUAGUCAGCCAUUACUGGUUCAAAACAUUCAAGAAUUGUUUGAAGCAUUUGUACAAGAACUGCAGUGGCAUAUAAUGAGCACAAACCAAAUGCAUCAGAUGGCUCUUGUGAACUCUCCAGGAUCACGGAAUAUGAAUCCUCCAGGCUUACCAAAUUCGGAAUGUAAUCUGAAAUUGCAAGGACAACAAAUUAAUUCAGUACCAGUGAUGGCAGCACCAAUAAAUCCUCUUGGAGGACUUCCUACAAAGUCUAAUGAUUUGCUCCUGCAAAGUCAUAAUGCUUUAUUAAAUCAGUCUGCUUCUUCAGUGUUGAAUCCUUGGCUGUUAGGAGUGAAUCAGGUAGUGGCUCCCAGUAAUGUACCGAUACAGCCUAUUGUCUCAUCAUCUUGUAACAGAAAUGGAAACACAGUACAGAUGCCAAACUCAGAUAUGUACAGUUCAGGUACUGUGUCACCAGAUCCUUCAGUCUUCCAGUUAAAUCACGCAAGCCAGGCAAACUAUCCAAAUAUUUACCUAAAUAAUGCAGACAAUAUGCCGCUAGAUAUUCCAGCUUUCAUGUUAAAUCGUGGGACCCAGGCAAACCAUCGAUCCUGCAUUUCUCCAACAGGAAUUAGCCCCAGUUAUAUGAUGCCUCAGAACUACCAAUCCAGUCAAACUUAUCAACCGGCUGUUGGCAGUAUGCAGAAUACACAACAAAUAGCACCCAUUAUGUACAAUCAGCCUCUUGGAGUAAGACCAGCAGAUGAAGUUACAUCUAGUAAAAUGGUAAUUGGUAAAGGAAGAGGACGAUUGCUUCAUUAAGGUGUGGAGGCGGUGUUACUGACGGUAGGUAAAAAGUUACUUUUAGAUGGCUCUUGAAGGACUGAUGAAAGAGUUGGCUGUAUUAAGGUAGGCACACAUGAAAAAUUUAUUUUCUGAUUAAGAUCCAGUAUCACUAGCUAAGAAAAUGGUAAUAAUUGGCCUUAAUCUGUUACAUGAUUUACAGAUAUCCUAUUCAUAUGUGUAACCAUGUUAUGAACAUAAUGUGUAGAAAUAGCUACACGAUAAGAAGAUUGAAUUCCACAUUCUAAAAUGGGUUUUGUUGUUUGGCAGUGUUAGAUGCAUUGCGCUUUUAGUUUUUAAGUUUCAUGUUUGUUAAAUACAUAUUUCAUUGAAUAAAUAUUUAUAAUUUUUCAGGUUUUCACAGCAACGAGUGUUCAGAUUGCAUCAUUCUGGGUUGUGUCACUAGUUAGGUGGAUGCCAACAUUUUGGAGGAAGAUGUUGCUUCCAUCUUCCAGAUGAAAGUGAAUGGGGUGAAGAUGCAGUCAGGUUGUAUACAGGCAUGUUACAUGAAAGGAGGUCUUACCAUCAUGGCAACCUGAUCACAUCGUUACUGUGCUCACUUCAACCCUGAAAAUGGAGGCAGAAUGUGUCUCAGAAAUGUUGGAAUUCACCUACAGUGCCACAUGGUGCCACAACCCAGAAGACCGCAUUCAAAGCCUACCUUGCUCAUAUGGACUAUUAAAUUAGAGACAUUACACUGUACUUAUAUAUUGAUGCUAUGGGGAUGUUUCAUACAAAUUUAUAUUUGAAGAGCUUUUAAGGGAAUUUAUUUAGGUGUACAAAAUGUAUCUGUCUUUAAAAAUAUUUAGCACCCAUUUGGGCAAAUUAUAUGACAUUAUCCCCCACAACAAUUUCAGCAUGCCAAAUGGUACUGAAUUUUAUGACUGUGGAUAUAACUUACAUUAUGUUCAUGUAUGCUGCUUUAAUUUUGUCUUCUCAUAUGUGAAAUCUAUUCAGAAAUUGUUGCUGAACUACUUUCUGCGUGUUCCUAAAAUGAGAGUAAUUCCAGUCAGUAUUUUAUAGGUUUACUAUUUGUUCUUGUUCAAGGGGCUUUCUUUUUCCCCUAGAUUCCUAAAUUUCAUGUGAAGAGAAUUUAGGAAACUAUUUUUCCCAGACUUUACCUUCUCUAUACUAAAUGCCUUAUAACUUUCCUGUAGGUAUAUUAGAUCAGCUUCCCUUGGAGUCAAGAGUUUCUUUUUUCAUCCAGUAAGCAUUUCACAGGAAAUAAAGACUUUAGCUGUGAGAAUUUCAAACCUCAUUUCCCAUUAUUGUUCACCUCUUUGAACCAUCGUUCAUUUUCUUUUCUGUGUUAUUUAACCUGUCACUCAUGAAGUGUGUAAAAGCCAGAGUAAGUAAUUGUAUCUCACUUCACAGAACCCUGCCCCUGGUAUUUACCAGGAAUGCGUUUCUAGUUAUUUUAGUUAGAGUGCAGGAAUGUAUUUAAUUUCAUUAGUAAUAUGUAUAAUUUUUUUAUUAAAUAAAAACAGAUAUUGAUAAAUGAGAUAGAGGGCUAUAGGAGAAUUUUAUCUGAGGUAACAAAAUAGUCCUAUGAUAGAAAACAAGCACUUAAAAGAAAAUGUCUUGCUUUCUACAUAUUACAUAUAAGAAUUAUUUCAAUAAUCCCAUGCACAUGUUUACUAUUUACUCCAAAUUCAAGGCAUCUUCAUUUUCCCCCUGGAAUUCCCAAUCUUCAUGCAGACAAAUUUUGGAGGCUAAUUACACUUUCCCUUCUCCAUGCCUUACACACACACCACACUCACAGUUAUCCGCUUCUAAACACUUGUUUGGGCGCCCACUUCUGAUAUAUGUUGAUUAUUGAGUUUUAAUAUAAUAAAUACAGAAUUGUAAUUUGUGGAAAUGAGACAUUUCUUUGAAUUUUGUAAUCAGAAUAAUACAACAGUUCAAAAAAUUCUCUUGAACAUAAGAGACCAUUUUUUCACAUUCAGAAACUAAAGGUCAUGUUGAAUAUAAUAUUUGGUAUUUCAACGCCUACAGCUCAUGCAGAAUAGAACCAGAAAAUAAUGUAAAAAAUUUAUAUUCUAGAAAUUGUUUAAUAAUUACUGUUGUAUAUCCCUCAGUCACACACGUGGGUUUCAUUUCUUUUCUCUUUUGGAGAUAGGCUCUUAGUUCAGAAAUGUGAUGUGGCCUGAACUGUCCACUAAAAUUUCACUCUGUAAUGACAUUUUUCUUUAAUAGUAAACAUUUUUAGGGAUAUUCAUUAACUUCCAACACUGACCAUGAUUUUGAGGACUGUUGCAUGCAUGCAUCUUGUCUGUACUUCAACAAAAAUAGUAAUGAAAUGAUAAAAACUGUAGUUACUGAUGAGAAUUAAAGUGUUAACAAUGUUAUAUUUUAGCGUCCUGUUGCACUGAUUUAAGUUCAUGAUUUGUUUAAUCCGUCUUGCAGUGCGU